AUGGUGCUCGCCUUGCCUGUACGAGAGGGCGCGCUGCCCCCCGGCAGGCAGACGACAGGGGUGCGGUCAUGGGAGCAGGUCCCACUGUCAGCCAGGUUGCAGCGACUGAUGGUCAGCUGGAUGACCAACUCCUUGAUGGGCCUAAUCCUGGCCAGAUUCGGUGUGGCCACCAUGAAAGCAGCUCCGCUGCUGUCGCUGCUGGUGGUCCUUCGACGUAGCUGGCGCUUGAAUCAGAUCAUGGUGCGGACACACAGGUCCAAAUUCUGGAUCUUGACCCGGUCCUCUCUGGAGCUCUGGGCUCUCUUCGAGCUGGCCUUCUGGAUCUACUGCAGGUGGAAGAAGCGCAGCCUGGAGGCCAGGCGCGCCUACGCCCCAAACGUCCUCUGGAAGUCGCCAGGCGAGAGGAUGCGUCUCUUGGAGAACUUCUUGUCCAACACAGAGAGGAUCCAUGCGGGCCAGGGCUGGUCCGGCAACAAGCGUGAUCGGCAGCGCCGCGCCUGGGCAAAGCAUGAAGGCACUGGGCUUUUCAACUUUUGGAGACGCCACAAGCGCAGACCGUCGGAUGGCAAGGAGGCGAGGGCCAAGCUGAUGUCCGACCCCUCAGUGGAGAACUUCCUCCGCCUGGCUGAUGAACCAGAGCCUGGAUUCUGGUAUCUUCCAGCAGCCACGAGCGCGCCGAAGCCGGCAGCCGCCAGGGUUCGUCCACCUGCACUGCGGCCAAUAUGCCAGGCCCCGUCGGUGGAGAACCUGCUCCGCUUGCGUGAGGCCGACGAAGUCGGAACCCCACGCAGCCCCGGAGAAGUGGACGUACAAUGUUUGAAGCAUCUGGAGCUCUGCUCAUGGUUUUCAAUCUUGUCCGCAGGCAAGAGGGUGAUUUGCAAAGACGUUCGCCUGAUUGGCCGCGGAAACAUAGAGCAGUGGAUCCUCUCCUAUUUCUUCGAUGGAGCCGAGUCUGCUGCGGAGCUCUCCGACCCUGAAGUCGUGGAACUAGACGAGCUGGUCCAAGCAGUCGCAUCUUGGGCCGCUCUCCCUUUGAGCGACAUGCCCAAUUGGCCUGGGAAGAACGAAGGCCUAAAAUGCUUCCGCCUGAGGAAUGAUCCAUUCCCAGCAGUGCAUCGUCCACUGCUGGCAUACGUGAACACUGCCCUGGUGGCACCGGCGCUGGGUCACCAGGCACUGAGCCUCUUGGGCUUCCACCCCUACCGGUCAGGAAGCACGGAGUACUGGCUGCGACCUGCAGGCGUGAGUCAGGAUAGGGCGACGGGUGUCGGCCGGCCGCGCCUGCUGGAGUGUGGCAAGGCUCUAGUCUUCUGCCACGGAGUUGGAGUGGGACCUGCAAUGUGCCUCACCUUCUUGCAGAGGCUCACGAAGACCUUGGGCCAGGACCAUCCAAUCUUCCUGGUCGACACCGCAGGCAUCUCCAUGAGGUUUUCGGACGAUGUCCCGGGUGCCCACGAGGUAGCUGCGAACAUCCGGAACAUGCUCCAGGUCUGGGGCCUGCAGGAGGCUCACUUCAUAGGCCACUCCUUUGGGGCCUUCGUGGUGGCCUGGGUCCUGCGCUACGCGCACAGCUGCGUGGCAAGGACCACGCUCAUCGACCCCGUCUGCUUCUUGCUGCUGAAGGUGCUCGUUCAAGGCCACGAGCUUCAACAGGUUCGACAUGACACCGGCAUGGACCCGAUGGAGAUUGUGCUGAAAUACUUCGUUAUGACAGAGCUUUUCAUUUGCAACUUUGUCUGCCGCUGCUUCUUCUGGGAAGAGUCGCAUCUGGACAUGCAGGACUUGGAAGGCACUGCAGCCCUCAUCGUUCUCGAGUCUGAAGAUCUUGUUGUCCCGACCUACUCCGUGCGAAGCCUCGUCUACGCAGAGCAGCGGCGCAGGGCCAAAUUGACGGAGUCGGCGCGACCUCAGGCCCAGUUGGAGCUGCACUGGAUCGAGGACCAACCGCAUGCAGGCUUUCUGCUGGAUGCAGUGGCCAAUGAGGAAGUAUGUGAGCAGCUCCAGGCCCAAAUCAGUUUACGUGCACGCGAGUGGGUGCCAGCCAUGAAUGAAAGUUGCUUGCAAAUCACAGGGCUGCUUUGCGCGGCUGCCAUCUCGCACUUCUGCGAAUCGGAGGGCAUCCUCAUAGCACUGUCGCUACCGUUAGCAGUAGCUGAGUGCAUGAGCGCAAGUCUCGCUAGCAAGACCUUCGCGCAUUGGGUCAUGGGCCGGCGCCGCGACCGAGGCUACGGAGGUUAUGGUGGCUCCUGGGACGACAGGCAUGUGCUGGGCCAGCAACCGUGGGAGGAGCCCCGACUCCAGUGGGUGAAAGCGGGCCAAGCACACGAGAAUGGCGAGGCGGAGGAGCAUGCAAAGGGUGGCAGGCCAAAGAAGGACGGCAAGAAUGGACGUCCCGACACUCCUCAGCACAGACUGCGCUUGCACUUCGAUGAUGCCGACACUGCCUUCAUCCUCGGCAGGGGCGGCAAGACCAAGCACAAGAUCGCAAGAGUCUCCGGUGCACGGCUAGAGCUUCACGAAAGGAAUAAUACAGUCGAGGUGACUGGCUCGGAAGAGGCUUGUGCCAGGGCCAGGAAGUACAUCUCUCUCGUGCAAGCUCAACGUGUCGGACCCGUGCACGUGGACAAUGGCCAUGAUGACGGAGAUCUCACUAUGAUGGACGUUCCAAACAACUGCGUGGCCUUCGUGACAGGCUCUGGAGGAAACUUCCUGCGCGCGUGCGAGGAGGAGUGGGGAACCCUCAUGUUCUUCUGCGACUACCAGACCCCAUCCUUAGGCCCAGGGCUGGAGCGAGAAGGACCCUCUGAACGCCUGGCCAUCUUUGGUCCCCCUUGGGGCCGCGCUGGGGCCGAGCUUAAGAUCAUGGCUGCCAUCGAGGCAAAGCUACCAGGACACUACACGAGCGAAGUUGGCGACGCGCAGUCAGCAGAGGAGUCUUUGCCGGAUGCGAUUGUUGAGCGGAGCGAGGGCUGGGCCAUCGACACCAUGCCACUGACAGGUGACGAGUUGUCCUUCGCCUUGGGGAAGGAGGGGGCAACGCGACGAAAACUGGCUAACGCGAGUGGCUGCAUCCUGGAGUACAUUGGCAACAUUGCCUACAUGGCCGGCGUUCGGGCCGAACGACAGCGAGCGCGGGACUACAUCACCUGGCUGAAGCAACAGCGCAUUGGGCCCGUCUACAUUGACAUUAGCAGUCGAAGCGAUGCCACCGAGGUGAAGGUGCCGCGGGAGCUGACUGGUAUUCUCAAAGGCACAACCCUCAGAGACAUCGAGCACGAAACAGACACCUUCUGCUUCCUGGAGGGAGAUGUGGACUCGUCUGACCGACUUCUCAUUUUUGGUGCAUCUCGCGGCCGGCGUCAAGCUGAAAGGAAGGUGCAGGAGCUCAUCAGAGCCCGGCCUCCGCGACAACCCCAGGAGGAGCUCUUUAACGGGCACGGCAGCUAUGGCAACAACGACGGGCAGCAGCUUACGAAGGCGGAGAUCCGCACUGGUCAGGCGAUCUGUGCCUCCCUGGACAAGGAGAAGCUCCAGGCCAUCCAGCAAUCUUGCGGCGCUCGGCUGACUCAGCAGGGCACGGACAACGUGUUGAUCCAGGGAUACGCCCAGCAGGUAAAUCUGGCAAAGAAGCAGCUUCAAGAGUACAUCUUCAGCCUCAGAGUGGACGAGGAGUUUACGACCCCGAGCGGCGUCCCUUUCCACAUCUUCAUUGCCAAAGCAGCAGAUGGCACACCCUCGAUCUUAGAAGAGGUCAGAAACCGAACUCGAGUUCGCGUGCAGGUGAAGCAGGCAGAGAAGAAGAUUAUCCUUUCUGGAAUCUUCUCGGUCGUCUCGAAUGCACGCAAAGAUCUGCAGACCUUUCUGAGCUCAUUCGUGACCCACGAGGUGCAUCUCAAGAAGGAGCAGCUGGAGAAAGUUUCUGCAUUGGGAAAGGAGCGCUUCCACAAGCUGAACAACUUCCGGCAUCUGGUCAUGGCUCAGAUAAACAAGGAGCAGCUGAAGCUGACCCUCUCUGGAGCUCCGGAUGCUGUGAACGAGGCUCGGGCAGAAGUCGAUGGCCUCUUCGAGCAGCAGGGUUGGCCCACCCCUUCUGCUGAUUUGUUUGCAGCGAAGCACAGCAUGUCUCGCAGCAGCGGCGCGAGCAAGCCCGAUGCAGAAGGCGGCGAGAAGGUCCGCCGUGAGGGGAAGACAGCAGAGAUUCUUCAGCUAACCGACAUGGAUUCGGCUUUCAUCUUGGGCCGCGGCGGCAAAACGAAGCACAAGAUCGCCCGGGUGUCUGGAGCAACACUGGAGCUGCACGAGCACAACUGCACGGUGGAGAUCAUCGGCGCAGAUCCUGAGCGACGCAGAGCGAGGAAGUACAUCAACCUUGUUCGUGCUCAGCGAGUCGGGCCGGUGCACGUCACUCCCGACCAACACGAUGAUGGGGAUCUGACCAUGAUCCCGGUGCCAACGAGCUGCGUCGGCUUCGUAACUGGCUCUCAGGGAAACUUUUUGAGGACUUGCGAGGAGGAGUGGGGCACCCUCAUGUUCUUCUGUGACUACCAAGGUCCUGGUGGAAGUCCUGGAGACUCCGAAAACUUGGCCAUCUUCGGAGCCCGAGCCGGGAGGACCGGGGCAGAGCUGAAGGUCAUGGCUGCGAUUGAGGCGAAGCUGCCGUAUUUCUACACCAAGAACAUCACUGACCAUUGCUGCCAAGACGAGUGGGGACGCGACACGAUUCCAUUGGGAGACGACGAGCUCUCCUUCGCGCUGGGGAAGGACGGUGCGACCCGCAAGAAGCUUGCCAAGGCCAGCGGAUGCAUCCUGGAGUAUGUCGGACAUGCUGCCUUUAUGGCUGGAUCUCUUCCAGCUCGAAGGCGCGCAAGAGAAUACCUCGGAUGGCUGCUGAAGCAGCGGACGGGCACCGUGUAUGUGGACACCCAUAAUCGAAACGAUGUGACGAUUGUGGACAUUCCGCAUGACCUUGAGGCUGUUGCCAGCGUGUUCAAGAGCAUGACUCUGCGCGGAAUUGAGCAGGAAACAAAGACCUUCUGCUUCUUGGAGGGCAAUUCCAGCAAGUCCGAGAGGCUCCUCAUCUUCGGACACGACAAGGCAGGAAGAGAAAAGGCAAAGGCUAUUGCGCUGGCAAAGAUUGACGAAAGAUACAGGAAUGACGAUGAUGGAGGCUGGGGUGGCGAGUACGACUGGUCCAACCAAGGCGACAGGCACUACGGCGGCUGGCAGGAGCCGCUGGAAGUGAGUGACAGUUUCCUUCUUCGAGGCGACAUCAGCGUCCAUGUUAUGAUCCAGACAGGCCCAAAUGGCGAAGACCCUGUGAUCGAGGACGUCGAAAAUGCAACUGGGACCAAGCUCACGCUGAUGAAGGAGAAGGCCAUGAUCCAAAUCCAAGGGACCUCGGAGAAGGUCGGCCAGGCGAAGCGUCAGCUGCAGCAGUUCGCGGACAGGUUCGUCACCUGCAAAGUCAAGAUGCAGCCGCAGAUCACAGCAGCACUGGCGAACAAAGUGAGUCACUAUAUUCGGCCCAUGCCCUGGAUCUCUUCUGCCGAAGUCGAGGAGCCGAAGGAUCUGCUCAAGAUUCAGGGACACCAGGACAGCGUGGAUCAAACCUUCAAGGUCAUUCACGAGCUUUACCGAGACCAUGGGCUCGAGCUUGACAAUGCAGACGUCACCAUCAAGCGGCGCGACGAGCAACCGUCACAUCACUCCGGUGGGCAAGGCCGCGCCUUCCACGCAGCCGGCCGCGACUGCGACGUCCUCCGUGUCAGCGAGGACGACGCUGCUUUCAUCCUCGGCCGUGGUGGAAAGACCAAGCACAAAAUUGCAAGGGUUUCGGCCGCGCAGCUGGAGCUGCACGAGCGCAACAGCACGGUUGAGAUCUACGGCGACAGCGAAGCCCGCGCUCGAGCACGAAAGUACAUCGACUUGGUUCGUGCUCAGAGAGUUGGACCCGUGCACGUCGAUGAGUCCCACGAUGAUGGGGACCUGACACUCAUUGCCGUUCCGAGCAGCUGUGUGGGCUUCGUCACUGGCAGCCAGGGCAACUUCCUUCGAACCUGCGAGGAGGAAUGGGGUACCCUGAUGUUCUUCUGCGACUACCAAGGAGGUGGAAGCUUGGACAUGUGGGGCGGGAGUUCAGAAAAGCUUGCCAUAUUCGGGACGCUUUGGGCACGCUGUGGUGCCGAGCUGAAGGUCAUGGCUGCCAUUGAGACGAAGCUCCCGGGUUUCUACACCACGAACCUUGGGGAGACCCAGUCUUGGGACGAGUGGGGCACGGACACCUACCCCAUGCACAGUGACCAGCUAUCCUACGUGCUGGGCCGCAAGGGCUCCACGCGCCAAAAGCUGGCGAAAGCCAGCGGUUGCAUCAUGGAGUAUGUCGGCAACGUUGCGUUCAUGGCUGGCUACUUGCCAAACCGGCGCCGCGGAAGAGAAUACCUAGGUUGGCUUUGCGACCAAGUUGGAAACAAGACAGGCCGAAUCUCCAUCGACCCGUCAGUGCGCGAAGAUGUGACCCUGGUUCCAGUGCCUAAAGAUUGCAUUGGAUAUGUCAUGGGCGAUAAGCGGAAGACCUUGAGCCGCCUGGAAGAGGACUGGGAGACGUUGAUCUUCUUCGUGGACAGCAGGGGCCUUCCUCCGACGUACCAACAGGAUGAUGUGGAGGGCCUGGCCAUCUUUGGCUCCGAACGUGGACGCGCGGGCACAGAGCUGAAGGUUAUGGGCGCCGUCGAGACCAAGAUCCCUCAGCAGCUUUGA